GGCCGGGCAGCUGCUGCAGGAGGAGGCUGGAAAAUGGCGGCGGGGGCCCAGAGUUGCCUAGAGGCCCCAACACAUUGUGCUGGGUGCCGGACGGCCGUGCUGGACAGAGAUCGGCCCCCCAUUGUACCAGGCACUGUACAGACCUGUCUGAGACUGGAGCCCCCACUGUGGUGCUGCACUGACCCUGACCAAGAGUAAGGCCCCUCCACUGUGCUAAGUGUCACACAGGGAAAUACAGUCCCUACCUGCAAAGUGCUUACAGUCUAAACAGUCCGGCAAGGCCUUGGUGUGAGGGAUUCCAGGAAGGCAGUGUGGUCUAGUGGCCAGAGCACUGGACUGGGGGCUUGGGAUACCAACGUUCUAUUCCCAGCUCUACUACUGGCCUGCAGAGUCACCUUGGAUCUGAAUCACCUCCAGCUCUCUGCGUGCUGCUCCCUGGCUCUGAAAAUGCCUCUGUCCAUCCCCCACCUAGUCUGCCAGUGCUGCUUUCAGUGCAGAAGUGCCACACUACGGGCAUUUUCUACCACACUUUCAAACUGGUCUGGCCUCAGCAAUUACUAUGACCUGCUGGGAAUCAAGAAAGAUGCCACCAUGGAAGAGAUCAAACAAGCCUUCUUCGCCAAGUCAAAGAAGCUGCACCCUGACAGCGACCCCAAAAACCCCGACCUGCACAGCCAGUUCGUCCAGCUGAAUGAGGCCUACCGGGUGCUGAGCAAGGAGGGCAGCAGGAGGCUCUAUGACAGCCAGCGGGCUUGGCACGCAGCCAGGCCCACCGCGGGCAGCAGCCCCAAGCACAGCCCCUUUGACUUCACAGACCUGGGACCCAGGCCUAGUACCAGCAGCCGAGGGCCCGACGAGAACAUGCGCUACUGGGAGCAGUUCCGCACUCACCGCGCCGAGGCCUUCUCAGGCACCCAGGCCAAGCAGAGGCAACACUGGAACCGGAAGCUCUUUGGCUACUGCCUCCUCCUCAUGCUGGCCAGCGUGGCCGCCCACUACGUGGCCUACAGGAAGCUGGAGGAGGUGCACACCAGCUUCAUGGACAAGAAGGACAAGCUCAUAACCAGCAUCUACAAUGAAUCCAAGGAGCGGGCCAGGGCCAAUGGCUUCCAGAAGCAGCAGGAGCUCCUGCGCCAGAAACACGCCGAGUUCACAGAGCGCUACCGCAUCCGGCACAGCGGGGACAGCACCCAGAAGUGACAAGUGCUCUGGACACUAUAUGGGGGGGACUGUGUGCCACGGAUGCUGUAUGGGGAACACCUCACACACACACUUGUCCCCUCCCUUCAAUAAAUCACUGCCCAUG